AUGACAUCUAAUGGCGGCUCCAGAGGAUUUAAUAAACGCACGCAAAAAAAUAAAGUAGUAAAGGUUACAAAUAAAUCCGUUAAGACAAAUAAAUCACGUAACAAAAAUAAUAACAAAGAGCAACUACGAAUAGCAAAAGAAAAUACAACCAGAGUAGUUUAUCAACAAGAAGAAACACCACGGGAAGAAAUCCCUUACACUGAAUUUUUACCUGAUUUGAAAUUAGACGAACAACUUGAGAUUAUUCAUUCAUUAAAUGACAUUACAGAUAACCAUGAUCAAAAAACGUCGCAGGGACUUUCACGAUUGCCAAACACUGUUAAUUUACCAAAUACAAAUGAAUAUAACGAAUUUAAAUUAGUCCAAGGCGUAGGGGUAUUAACCGACCGCCAGGAUAAUUUAUCAUAUAUUAAAGAGAACUCAAGUUCUGUAACUACGCCACAUGAGGACAUGGACGAAGACACAGUUCAAGAUGAUGAACAGGAUCGGCCUUCGGAUAUUGAUCAAGCUGUUGAUAUGCAAACAGAAAUCAUAAAUGAACAAAUGGACUUGGAAUAUUCGACACCUGCGACUUCGGAAACUGCCACUGUGGCAAUAGAAACUUUGACCAUUACAGAGCCUAACCAUGAUUCCAUACAAAAAGCGCCUCCCAUACAUUCUUAUCGACGUUUCAAUUGCAAAAAGUUCGAAAAAGAACCAUUCGUUAGACCUGAAGGUCACUAUAUUCGACAUGUCGAAUUGACCGAAAAAGAUCUUGUAGAAAUAGUCGAAUAUGACAUGGAUGAACAAGAUCUUGGUGAACUUACAGCUGAUGUUUUUGAAGCUUUGAUCGACCGCUUAGAGAAAGAAUGGUUUGAUCUGGUAAUUAAUAAUUAUGAAUUAAAUGGCCAAGGAGAAAAAGAGAACCCCGAAGAUUCCACAUGUGCAAUUUGUGAUGAUGGUGAAUGUGAAAAUUGUAAUGCCAUAGUAUUCUGUGACGGUUGUAAUCUAGCUGUUCAUCAAGGUGGGGCUUUUAAGAAAACAAAUACAAAUCGCUGGGCACAUUUACUUUGCGCUUUAUGGAUUCCAGAGCGCGAUUAUAGAGAUCAAGUUGAUGUUGUCCAAUCAGUUGCUAAAGCACAGAAUAUUUUGAUUGAUCCUGUACCAGCAGCCAAAAAACAUUUACGUGAGAAUAGUAGAUCUGAUACUUCAGCUUCCCGUAAGACACGGAAGCGAAAGGAAUCAGACAGUGCUUCGUAUCCACGAAAAACAAUUAAAGUCAAUCCGCAAGAGUCUGAAAAGCGGUUAUCUAAUAAAUUAGUUGAGAGUUCAAAAUCUGCACGUGCAUAUAAUCGCUCUUACAUGGAGACAGCCCUAGUUGCACCAGCGAUCAUAAUGGAUAGGCUGCUACCUGUUUUGUCAAUGCAUAAAGGGCAGCUUAGAAAAAAACCAGAAAUGAUUGCUACUAUAUGUAAAUAUUGGUCGUUGAAAAGAGAAUCCAGACGUGGUGCUCCAUUACUAAAGCGUCUCCAUCUUGAACCAUGGACUGCAUCUGCAUCGGCUCACAAGCAAUCAGAAGAGGAAAAAAUGGCCAAAUAUGCGGCUAUGUUGGAUCUUCGCAAAGAUUUGGAAAAAGUGAGGAUGUUGAUCGAUUUAGUACACAGGCGUGAGAAAGAAAAGCUGAAACGAAAUAAAUUACAGGUGCCAGAUUACCAUCUGCAUAUUAAACAUCCAAUGGAUUUUGGAACGAUUCGGAAAAAAAUUGAAAAUCAUGAAUACAGUCUCGGUUCCGGUAUGCAAGGAUUCAAGGAUGAUAUCGAAUUGACGCUUCAGAACGCUAUGACCUAUAAUACGUCCAACACUAUUUAUUAUAGAGUUGCUAAAAAAAUACGUCAGCAAUUCCAAAUAAUAGCCGAACAAAUGGAGAAAGAUUAUGCUGAGUUAAACAUAGAUCCUUCUAAAGGAAUUUUAGAUGUUGAAAUUCAUCCAGAAAUUUUCACCUAUAAUGAUAAACCACUUAGAUUUGAAAAAGAAGUCAUCAAACCUACUUCUCGUCCAAAUCGUGUAGUUAAUUCAAAACAUCAAAAUCAGGAUGGUUUGUCUCGUUGUUCACCACAAAAUAGAGAGACGAGAUCAAUAAGACGGAAAAAAACUAUCAAAGACAAGAAAAAACCAGAUACGCCUAUUGUUUUAAAUCGCAAACCCAGAGCUCCUAAAGGAUGGGUAUACUUAACUGAUGAUGAAGAAGGAGAGGACAAAGGAGAACACAUACCAAUUGUUUUAGAAAGUUCAAAUCAAUAUCUUAAUGAUCUUGACGAAGAUAAAGCUACAAUUUCUUCUCGAACUAGGUCUCGAAAAGACGGUUCAUCAAAUUCAUCGAAUGUGGACAAUGAAAAAGAAAGCUCAACAACAAAAUUAGCCAAUGCACAAACAGAAAGAUAUACAAGAGGAACAAAACGGCAGGCAGAAAGAUCUGCAAAGGCAGAACAUAUAGAUAACUCUGAAAUAGUAGUGAUGGCACCUGACAAUUCAAUAAACGAAACAGCUGAAAUAAAGGAACUAAAGGAACUAAAGGAACAUUUACAGAUGUUGAAGGCAAAGGAAGAAGCGGAGAAGCCAGCUGCAACUCGUACUCGAGCUCGAAGUCAGAGGAAAAACGAGGAUUUAAACAAGAACGAUUCUGUAAAAAAAGGUCAUUCAUUUGCAACGGGGGUAGAGUCUAAUUCAGAAAUAGUACAGUCAAGCCGUUCUACAACUUCGACCGAGUUAUCAAAUGUUCCUUAUGGUAGCUUAGUCUGGGCAAAAAUGCAAGACUUUCCUUGGUAUCCAGCUGAGGUUGCAGACCCAAAUGGGCCUGAAGUCACUGAGGCGAUCAGAUCAGACAAAAAAGAAGGUGAUCAUUAUUUGGUACGCUUUUUCGAUGAGAAAAAAGAGAAGAAGAAAUCUAGACGCAUCCUCCUUAUUGGAGAUCAGCAAAUGGACUUGUCAAAAUUAAGGGAAAAAUCAAUGUCAAAUACGAUGAAAAAGGAAGUUCCCAAAGCGUAUGAAGCUGCAUGUUUGUCUAAAGGUAUAGAACCCGUUGUUUUACAACAACUACAACAACUUUCGGUAAUGCCUCUAAAAAAACAUAAUC